CCUGCAUUCCCUCCAACCGCCCCCCCUGGUCUUCUUGCUCUUUGAUGACAUCGUAACGAACACACGAUCUGCUUUUCUUGACGACCUUACCUUCUACUUUACGACCCCGGCUACGAUACCAAACCUAACGACUUGAUACCCUCUGGACGAACACCUGAUUAAUCCCCCCUCUCCCUUUCUAAGAGAUACGCACGGCACGAGGAAAAAAUGCGGCUCGACUUUCUGGUCUCUGCGGCAGCGCUGCUUUUGGCCGUGACUGGCAUUGAGGCAGCUCCGAUGCCCUCGCCGAUGCCUGUUCCCUCGGCGGUCCGCGCACGAGGAGCUGCUGCGCCCGCUGGAGCGACGCCAGCCCCGCGCUGGCUGCCGCAAGACUCGACGCCUGACGAGGUUCAGGCGUUCUAUGCGCCCAUGCAGCAGUGGGCGCGCAACAAGGCCAGUCGAGGCGACAAGAGCCUGCAGCCGGACCAGCGUGCAUGGCCGCGUGCGCUGCGGGAGGCAAAGAAGCUCGCAGGCAUCGUGGGACGCGCUGGCAAUGUCAACAGAGCCGAGAGAAUCGCGCUCGAGAGGCUCGCUCGCUCCGAGGUUGAGACAGAGGCAGGGAGGAAGCGACUGGCCGAGCUCGAGGAAAGGCAGGCGGCGAGGGAGGACAAGAGGGCAGCGAGGACGGUGACAAAGAGGAGCGACAUUCCCUCAGUCCCACUCAGCGAGAUGCCGUACCCUUCUUUCCCUGCUGAGUACCCCUCAUGCUACAAUUGUGAGCAAAAGUACUCGUCGAUCAGCUCGUGCGCCGCGGCGAGCAGCGUGUUUGAGAAUGCGACGAGCAUCUUCAACGAUCCGUUUGCAUACAUCUCUGUCAUCAAGUGCUCUUGCACCGACACGUUCCAAGCCGUCUUUCCACAAUGCGUCCAAUGCUUCCAACUGACCAACCAAUGCCAAUAUCUCGGGACGGACCCGCAAGGAACAGGCGCGCCCGACGCCGUCACCAACAUGCGCUCGAUUUGCGCAUUCAGCUCGUCCGUCCUGGGCGGAGCGCAGUCAGCCAACUAUCCUGAUUACAAUCACACUUUUACUCCGAGCGUCGUUCCUAGCUACACGGAUGUGACGACGUCAGGCGAAGGCUUCUACGAUCAAUCUACCGGGGCCAUCUUUGGGGGAGCUAUACAGUCCCGAACGCCGGCCGCGGCCUUGCCACUCGUCGUCGCGGCUUUCUGCAUUGGUCUGGGUGUAUUCGCAUUGAUCUGAGCUGUCUGUUGGAGUUUGCUCUUUUCCCACACAAUGAACAAUGCUCUUCUCUCUGUGGAAAU